CCUGCUGCAGUUUAUAGUCAACGAGAUAUUACAGCUGCCUUUAACAAAACAGGGAAAAAGGGAAUAAUAUGACACUCAUUUGAGAGCCUAGACAUAGGUGUCCUCUAUGAUCUGGCAGAGGUCGUCAUGGAUUAGCUGUUAGUUUUCUUUCUCCAGAGCUGGGACAAGACACUCUGGGGUUUUUUUUUUUUUGUUUUUUUUUUAAGCUAGCAGAGCAACUUAGCCAGACGUUUUGACUCAGCUUUAUCACACAGCGACACAGGUAUUAUGUACAAAUUCUUGAUAAAUUCCUGUGUGUUUGUGCGUGUGUGUCGCUUCCUGUGUUGUCGCUCACUUGUUGUCUUGUUAUUUUUCUGAGUUUGUUGUCUAGCGUUGGCGUUUUUAUAGCGCACAGCUGUCGUUGGCUGCUAGCUGAUGUGUAGCUAUAGUUACUGCCUCCCAGUGGUGGAAAAAGUGUUCAGAUCUUUUAACGAUUCCUGGAGCGGUUUGAGAUCCUUGAGAGAUUCUCAAGGCAGCAUGGCUCCCAAAGACAUCAUGACCAACUCUCAUGCCAAAUCCAUCCUUAACGCGAUGAACUCACUACGCAAGAGCAACACACUCUGCGAUAUCACACUGAGGGUGGAGAACACAGAUUUUCCAGCUCACCGGAUCGUCUUGGCUGCCUGCAGUGACUACUUUUGUGCCAUGUUCACCAGCGAGCUUGCAGAAAAGGGAAAAUCUUUUGUCGAUAUCCAGGGGCUCACAGCAUCGACUAUGGAGAUCCUGUUGGAUUUUGUCUACACCGAGACUGUGUUAGUUACAGUGGAGAACGUACAAGAACUGCUCCCUGCAGCGUGCUUGCUUCAGCUCAAAGGGGUAAAAAGAGCAUGCUGUGACUUUUUGGAGAGUCAGCUUGAUCCCACCAACUGUCUGGGUAUUCGGGACUUUGCCGAAACUCACAAUUGCCUUGACCUGAUGCAGGCUGCCGAGCUCUUUUCCCAGAAACAUUUCUCCGAGGUGGUCCAGCAUGAGGAGUUCAUGCUGCUCAGCCAGACAGAAGUCGAAAAGCUUAUAAAAUGUGAUGAAAUCCAGGUGGACUCGGAAGAGCCGGUAUUUGAAGCAGUGUUGAACUGGGUCAAACACAACCGAAAAGAAAGAGAGCCCUAUUUGCCAGACAUGCUCGAGUUUGUUCGGAUGCCGCUGCUGACCCCCCGCUACAUUACAGAUGUCAUUGAUGCUGAGCCCCUCAUUCGGUGUAGCCUGCCAUGUCGAGACCUUGUUGACGAGGCCAAGAAAUUCCACUUAAGACCGGAGCUGAGGAGUGAAAUGCAAGGCCCACGCACACAAGCCAGAUUAGGUGCCAAAGAAGUCCUGCUGGUUAUAGGAGGGUUCGGAAGCCAACAAUCACCAAUAGACAUAGUUGAAAAAUAUGAUCCGAAAACACAAGAAUGGAGCUUUCUUCCUAACAUUGCACGGAAACGGCGUUACGUCGCCACAGUGUCACUUCACGAUCGGGUUUAUGUGAUCGGAGGUUACGACGGUCGGUCGAGGCUCAGCUCCGUGGAGUGCCUGGACUACACGGCGGACGAGGACGGUGUCUGGUACACCGUCGCCACCAUGAAUGUGCGUCGUGGCCUCGCUGGGGCCACAACACUCGGAGACAUGAUUUAUGUUGCCGGUGGCUUCGACGGCAGCCGGCGCCAUACCAGCAUGGAGCGAUACGACCCAAACAUCGACCAGUGGAGCAUGCUGGGAGACAUGCAGACAGCAAGAGAAGGGGCGGGGCUGGUGGUGGCCAGUGGACUUAUAUACUGUUUAGGUGGAUACGACGGACUGAACAUACUGAACUCAGUGGAGCGGUAUGACCCUCACACAGGCCACUGGACAAGUGUCACACCCAUGGCCACCAAGCGGUCAGGGGCUGGUGUGGCUUUACUCAACGACCACAUCUACGUAGUAGGAGGCUUUGAUGGUGUUUCGCACCUCGAUUCUGUUGAAGUAUACAACAUCAGAACAGACUAUUGGACCACUGUAGCCAGUAUGACUACUCCUCGAUGUUACGUAGGAGCGACUGUUCUCCGAGGACGUCUCUACGCCAUCGCCGGAUAUGAUGGGAACUCUCUCCUCAGCAGUAUUGAAUGUUACGAUCCCGUCAUCGACUCGUGGGAGGUCGUUACCUCCAUGGCGACGCAGCGGUGCGACGCGGGCGUCUGCGUCCUACGAGAAAAGUGAUUGUUGCCAAGAACGAGAACCACGAGAGGAAAAGCAGCAAAGAGGACAGGCAGCUAGACUUUGUGGAAAGAAUGCGACAAAGGGAGAUGUUUGUUUGUUCGCCUGUAUGCAAAUAAGGAACUCUCCUAAAACAACCUGUUGAAUGCAGCAGUUUGGGCCUCCUCCUCCGCUGGACGGUUAACACGUCACCAUUUGGACUGUGCAACAGAGAUUCAGCUUCGACCCGGUCGACUUCUUCUCCCGUGCAGCCCAUCGACACUUGCAUGACUCUCUCUCCCUCUCUCUCUCUCUCUUCGGUGGUCCUUGUUGCUGUCGUUACCUGUGAGAUUAUUUUUUCAGUUUGUCUUCAAAGUGCAAUAUAUUUCUACUCAUCACAAGAAAAACAAGAAGAAGGAGAAGAUGGAGCAGAUUGAGACUCCAGUUGCUGCUAUAUGCCUUAUGACUUUGGCCUACAUCGAACAGUGAACAUUCAUGUUGCCUCACGUUUGACUUUUGAUGGUUGUUGCGUUAGCUUGUUAUCGAGUGUACUCAUGUUGCAUUUGCGAGGUCAUUAAUGGGUCAGUAAUUCAGCCCCUUUUUUUGUAAUUCUUCCUGUCAACAGUGCAUUUACAUUCAAAUCACUUUAUUACGAAAGGUUUAUUUACUUAUUGUUGCUCUCAGAUUAUAUAUUUAGAGAUUAAUAUUGAUUUAGAAAAUGACUGAACUGUACGUCUGAUUAUUUUGUCCCUCAAUGUGGCAAAAUUGAAGAAUCACUAAGUAAUAAAUAUGAGGUGCAUGUGAUUUUUAUUUUAUUUUUCCUCAGCUUUUAAGUUUGACAUGUACAUGUAGGACACAAACAGUCCUGCCAUCACUGUUGCCUGAGAAGUGAAUAAACACACUAAGAACUAA